AGAGGAUCUCUUGAAUUAUUUUUAAUUUUAUACACCAAUAUCCUAAAUAAUCGAACUUAAAGUGUAUUUAUUCAACUAUCUAUAGUCUUCAGUGAGUGAUAGUAGAAAUUUUUUACAUCGAAAGAGCAGAUAUUAUGGAAGAUACUAGGGACCAUCGAUUUUCUGUUAGUGAGAGAUUUACGAAGACUCGUAGUGGAUGGAAUGAGAGAGUGCCGAAAGGCAGUAAUAAGUCGGAUCGACGCUUGACGGGUCCCCGCACGGUAACUCAUUCGCCCAGACAAUCAAAGGAUCGCUUGGCGGGUCGCCGUGCACCUGAUUGGCCGUCAACUUCGACAAGUUUGCCAAAAGUGUCCAGGGAGAUAAGCCGUCACUCUGAUGAACAUCAGCAUCGAUAUUAUGCCUCUAAGAGAUCCAGAGAGGAUGAUAGUAGAUCGAAUGAGAGACUGUCCAGAGGCAGUGAUCGACGCUUGACGAGUCCCCGCACGGUAGCUCAUUCGCCCAGACAACCAAAGUAUCGCUUGGCGGGUCGCCGUGCACCUGAUUGGCCGUCAACUUCGACAGGUUUGCCAAAAGUUUCCAGGGAGAAAAGCCGUCGCUCUGAUGAACAUCAGCAUCGAUAUUAUGCCUCUAAGAGAUCCAGAGAGGAUGAUAGUAGAUCGAAUGAGAGACUGUCCAGAGGCAGUGAUCGACGCUUGACGAGUCCCCGCACGGUAGCUUAUUCGCCCAGACAACCAGAGUAUCGCUUGGCGGGUCGCCGUGCACCUGAUUGGCCGUCAACUUCGACAGGUUUGCAGAAAGAGUCCAGGGCGAUAAGCCGUCGCUCUGAUGAACCUCAACUCGAGAUUCGAGUCUCUCCACCAGCUGUGAUAGAGGAAGAGAUGAAACCAUUUUUGCCACCACCGCCACAGCAAUAUGUGCUGGGAAUAGUUGACCCGUGGCGCGAGUAUAGAGGGAAGAAAAACAGGAAAAAACGAAGGAAGACGUUUCACAGGCAAUUUAAUUGGGCCGACGCCGAGUGGGUAUAUCCGACUGGAUCACCAAAAUCACCUGAGUCGGGAAUUGAAGUGAUACCAGCGUUUGAUGACCGCUUCAUUGAUGCCCCCCCAAUCAAUUCCGAUGAUGAAUUGGUGAUGCAUGAUGAUGAAGGAGUAGGCCUCGACGACGCGGAUCUUCAAUUUUCCUUGUGAUCGUCGUCCCAAAGAUAUCGUCGAACAUUAAGGGCUUACACACUCACACACACACACACGGACGUCCAUCCGGAAAUAGUCGGAAUAGUUUCAUAGGACCUCAAAACUUCGAGAUCUGAUGAAAACUCGAUUUUUCGAAAAUCAGACUGAAAGCAAUAACUUUCCGUUAUUUGAAAAUUUUCAAUUUUCAUGGCGGGAAAUUAAAAAUUGUACUAUUAUCUUUAAAGACCAGU